CAGGCAUCGGGGUUACUGUAGCCCAAUUACUUUCUUUUGAUUAGGAAGAAGUCUCUGCCGCGAUGUCGGAGACCGCUCCCGCCGCCGCUCCCGCUGUCGCGGCCCCCGCCGCCAAGGCCGCCGCCAAGAAGCCGAAGAAGGCGGCGGGCGGCGCCAAAGCCCGCAAGCCCGCGGGCCCCAGCGUCACCGAGCUGAUCACCAAGGCCGUGUCCGCCUCCAAGGAGCGCAAGGGGCUCUCCCUCGCCGCGCUCAAGAAGGCGCUGGCCGCCGGCGGCUACGACGUGGAGAAGAACAACAGCCGCAUCAAGCUGGGGCUCAAGAGCCUCGUCAGCAAGGGCACCCUGGUGCAGACCAAGGGCACCGGCGCCUCCGGCUCGUUCCGCCUCAGCAAGAAGCCGGGAGAGGUGAAGGAGAAGGCUCCUAGGAAGAGAACGCCCGCAGCCAAGCCCAAGAAACCGGCGGCCAAGAAACCUGCCAGCGCCGCCAAAAAGCCCAAGAAGGCAGCGGCGGCAAAGAAGAGCCCCAAGAAAGCCAAGAAGCCGGCGGCCGCAGCCACCAAGAAGGCGGCCAAGAGCCCCAAGAAGGUGACCAAGGCUGCCAAGCCCAAAAAGGCGGCGACUGCCAAAAGCCCGGCCAAGGCAAAGGCGGUGAAGCCCAAAGCUGCCAAAUCCAAGGCAGCCAAACCCAAGGCAGCCAAGGGAAAGAAGGCGGCGGCCAAGAAGUGAAGUAUUGAUGUGGAAAUACUUAAACCCAACGGCUCUUUUAAGAGCCACCCACCACUGUCCGAAAAAGAGCUGAGACACUUGGACAGCGAGCUCCACGCCUGCAGCGAAGCUCACGAUUCGCCAUUAUUUACUCGCGAUCAGAUGGGAUGCUCGCCUGCAGAAAUAGCAGGACUCUGAGCUGCGGGACGUGGUUAAGAUAGGGCUGGAAAAAAAAAAAUAAAGUUUACGCUCUCUGGGGGGGAAAAAAAAAAAAAGAAAAAAGAAAAAAAACCACUCUCUUCAGGCUGCCUUUGUCUGAGCACCGCAGGACAGAGGUGCGUGUAUUAAAGGGACUGCUGGGGCGGGUAUCGCUCUGGGGCAUGCAGGUCUCUCUCGGUGAUUUAACUUAGACAAUGCGGUUCCUAACAAUCUGCGUGCUACCGCUACGCCUCUUAGGGACCGGAGCUGCCAACUCUCCGGCAUGGCUCCCCCGCGUCCUUGGCAAUGACCUUUCCGCUCGGUGGGGGACUUCUUAAUUCCUGCACGGCUUCACAAAACUGCUGUUAGAGCCGCAGAGCGACGGGGCGGAGCAGGCAGCGCGGCCGCCACCUCCCUCCCUCUCCCACCACCGGGCGCGGCGCUCACCGGAGCCGCUGCCGGACGGACGCAGAGCGGCGCGGGGCUGCUUGGGACGCCCGGCUCUGCCCGAAGCCCGUUCUGAUUGGAUGAUGGGAGAAACUGCGGCCGCUUAUUGGACGACUGGAAAGAUUCGAAAAGCCCGCGCUGCGACCUCGGCUCGGAGCGCUGCCGCUUGACAGCUCCGCUCCCUUAGCGUCUGUCUCACCGCACCCUCGCUCGUUUCGUUGUUCGCAGGGCUGCAGGGAUAAUCGUCCUCCUCUCAAAGACAAAAUUUCAGCUCAGAGAAACGGCUGUCUGACUCCUCCUGCUGGGAUGUUCCCUGGAGCUGCUCAUGACUGCAACAAGGCCACAGCUCCCACGUGCACAGCACUUCCUCCAAGGAAGAGAGCUGCUUUGAAAGAAGAAAAUAGCACCUAUAGCACACCCCUGUUGUAACAGAGGAAUUCUUUAGGUGGGGUUCUUCUGUAACUGAAGCAAGUGGUUCUGGACAUAAUAGAAGAGCUGGAUGGUGCAGCAGGCUGGCCCCUUCUGGUGACCUCACCUGUGCCUUGUGGUUCUGUUUGUAAGUGGAUAAAUGUAAAGUUAAUACAUUUUUAUGAGGCUGUGUUAUUCAUCCUAAUAAGCUGCUUCUAAUAUCUCCAGGCGCUUAUUUUUUUUUCUUGAAGUACUGCAAAGGUGGUUGUUUUCCCAGGCACAUCUUUUUUAUACUGAGUCUCCAGAACAAAUAUCUGCAUCUCCAAUGGAUUGCAAUACCUGCAACAAAGCACUGCAAUGGCAGAGAAAGCCCAGGGCACUUCAUCCAACUGUGGGAGUGCAGCACAUCCUGCCUGUGGCAACCAGCUGGCCCCACCAGGGAGGGCUCUGCUGCACUGAGUGUGGGGGUAAGCCCAGCACACCUUGCAAAACCCUCAGUCUCAUCUCCACAGCCUCAUUCCAAGCACAAUAGAUUUCACUCAGUGCAUUGCUCACUUCUGCGAUUGGAGCUUCACCUUCUGGGAUACUUUUUUUCCUGCUUCCUAGCAUUCCUUGUUUUCAUUCCUAGCUACCGGGGGCUGUAAUGCUGUGAGUCUCACACUGCUACCACAGUGGGGGUCAGACCUUCACAUCCUGUAUAUCAGGCAGUUCUGGAGUAAGUUGGCUGAGAGACCUGAGUGCUGCCAAACUUCCAAUGAUUAAAGUGCAGUGGCUUUCAGAGAAAUUGUAGCAGAUGUAGCAAAUUUUUUUUUUCUCAUCUGCAUAAAUAUAAACAGUAGUAAAGAGGAAAUCCUUACCCUGUGGUGCCCCUGUUAGCUGCAGCUCUGAGUCCCGGUGCACCUUCAAGUUCUCAAGAACUUGGGAUGUACAAAGACAGCAAAGUUCUCCUCAGCGUUUUAAGUUAGAGUUAUGUUUCAGGUUGACUUGGUAGGUACUAUCUCUAUAUGUAUCAAGUCUUAGAAUGGCAAUGUUUAAAAACUAAAUAAAAAAUGCUUUAAAAAUCAUAUUUUGCCUUGAUUUUCAGCACAUGGAGUAAAGCACUCUAAAAAAUCUUGCAUGUCUUCAGUUCACAGGUUCCUAUUGUAAUAGAUACAAUAAUACAUGUAAAUUGUCAUUUAAGCUCAAGAAAAUAGUAAUGAAUGUUUGUGUAUAAUACACUGAUGCACUGAUUUUAUUUCUCAACUGCUGAUGCAAUUUCUUGUGCAGACAUGCUGAGGUGUUGCCUAAUGCAGCAGCUGGUUUUGUGGGGAAAUAUUGGUGGUAGGUGGAUGGUUCAACUGAUGAUACUGGGGAUCUUUUCCAACCUUUAUGAUUCUACAAUGUAAUAAAUGAUUCCGGCUUUCAUUUUAUAUUUUAACAAGGAAUUAACAAGGAAAUAGGUCCUCUGUUUUCAGUAAAGCACAAUUGAGACAUUGGAGUCUUUUGGGUUUUUUUUAGACACAGCAGCUCUGCAAAUAUUUCCUUCCUCCAAAAGCUGGGUCCAAGCUCAUGAGCAAACUGCUGUUAAUGUAAUCUAAGGUUGAGAUCCUGAACACUGAUCCAUGUAACAACACCCUCAGGCUGCAGUGAAAACACCCAUCUGUGACCACUGCCAGGGGCUCCUGACAUGAAAGUAUUUCAAAUGUGCUUUGGAAGAUGAUUUUUUCAAUCAUCUUUUCUUUUCCAAGUUGUUCCACUACUGCUGGAGGAAAGAGGUACAGGGGGACACUCAGCCUGCACUGUGUAAGAACUAUGAAGAACUGGUUUUGAAAUAAAAUGUUUCGUGAUGUUCCUUUAGGAUUCCUUGUGCAUUUAGACAGUGGCUUUAACCGCUGACUCCACUGCUUUUAGAAACAAGUCCAGAUGUGGAGCUUCAGGUACAAAGAACUGGGCAGACUCUGCAGCCACCCAGGCACCGGGGGUGUUAUGUGAGCAACUGGAGCCUAUUCUGCACGGUCACGAAGAUUCACCUGAUUUAUUUAUAAGCAUUUUGAGUUAAAAUGGAAUUCAAGUUGUUGUAAGAGCAAUAAAACAUAAGACUUGCACAACUUUGGCUACCCUCAACUUGCAAUGUGGAAACCUCUAUCACAUUACAUGCUGAAUGCAAAGAACAGAUUCUGCCAACAGAUGUACUGGAGAUGUGGCCCAAGUGCUGUAAAUCCAGCUCAGAAAUUAAAUUACAUUGACAUCUAUACAAACUUAGAGAGAAUUUGAUCAUUUUAAAAGAUUCAGAUGUUUGACAUGUGCCAUGUGAUAAGAGUACAAAUGUUAAGUGUCAUAGCCAUGGGUGUUGGCUGUGUAAAAUAAUAUUUGUAGGCACGUUUCAAAUCAUAGGCUCCCAAUUGUUCCUCAACUAAUUCACUUCCUUUUGAAUAUUGUCCAACACACAGUAAGAUGAACGUGUAUGCCAAGCUCACUAGAAGAAAUGCUGAAGAGCAAACCUGAUCAGCUGAAGGAUCCGUUCCUUUUAUGCUGUGUCAUAAGGACAUUUUUCUGGAAACGUGUGCCACUUCUUUUGCUCGUCUCUGGUCACAUGCGAGCAGCAGAGACCUUCAGUGACACCCCCCUCCCCCCUCGGUGUGACCCGACACAACGUGUGCGGCGGCUGCCGGUAGCCCCGGGACGUGCAGCCCGCCCAGGCCACGGGUGGUCAAUUGCGAGGGUCCCUGCUGCAUGCCGACGUUGGCCCUGCGAGCCGCAGGCUCGCUGCAUUUCGCAACGAAAACCUCAGGGCCGGCUCCGGAUCCCUCAGGGCCUCAUUCCGUGUUCCCUCCCGCAG